AUGGAUAACAACAAGGGCAACAAGAAGAAUGACAAGGGUGAUUAUGAGAGUAAUACGAAGGGAAACAACGAGGGGGACGAAGAUGAAUAUGUGGGUAGUAAGAAAGGCAACAGCGAGGGUGACGAAGAUGAUUAUGAGGUUUAUAAGACGGCAAACAACAAGGGUGACGAAGACGAUUAUGAAGGUAACAAGAAGGUCAACAAUGAGGGUGACGAAGAUGAUUAUGUGGGUAAUAAGGAAGACAACAAUAAGGGUGACGAAGAUGAUUAUGAGGGUGAUAAGAAGGACAACAAUGAGGGUGACGAAGAUGAUUAUGAGGGUAAUAAGAAGGACAACAUUGAGGGUGACGAAGAUAAUUAUGAGGGUCAUAAGAAGGUCAACAAUGAGGGUGACGAAGAUGAUUAUGAGGGUAAUAAGGAGGACAACAAUGAGGGUGACGAAGAUGAUUAUGAGGGUAACAAGGAGGUCAACAAUGAGGGUGACGAAGAUGAUUAUGAGGGUAAUAAGAAGGACAACAAUGAGGGUGACGAAGAUGAUUAUGAGGGUAACAAGAAGGUCAACAAUGAGGGCGACCAAAAUGAUUAUGAGGGUUAUAAGACGGGAAGCAACAAGGGUGACGAAGAUAAUUAUGAGGGUAUUAAGACGGCAAACAACAAGGGUGACGAAGAUUAUUAUGAGGGUAACAAGAAGGUCAACAAUGAGGGUAUCGAAGAUGAAUAUGUGGGUUGUAAGAAAGGCAACAGCGAGGGUGACGAAGAUGAUUAUGAGGUUUAUAAGACGGCAAACAACAAGGGUGACGAAGACGAUUAUGAAGGUAACAAUAAGGUCAACAAUGAGGGUGACGAAGAUGAUUAUGUGGGUAAUAAGGAAUACAACAAUAAGGGUGACGAAGAUGAUUAUGAGGGUAAUAAGAAGGACAACAAUGAGGGUGACGAAGAUGAUUAUGAGGCUAAUAAGAAGGACAACAUUGAGGGUGACGAAGAUAAUUAUGAGGGUAAUAAGAAGGUCAACAAUGAGGGUGACGAAGAUGAUUAUGAGGGUAAUAAGAAGGACAACAAUGAGGGUGACGAAGAUGAUUAUGAGCGUAAUAAGGAGGACAACAAUAAGUGUGACGAAGAUGAUUAUGAGGGUAAUAAGGAGGACAAUAAUGAGGGUGACGAAGAUGAUUAUAAGGGUAGUAAGAAAGACAACAAUGAGGGUGACGAAAAUGAUUAUGAGGGUUAUAAGACGGGAAACAACAAGGGUGACGAAGAUAAUUAUGAGGGUAUUAAGACGGCAAACAACAAGGGUGACGAAGAUGAUUAUGAGGGUAACAAGAAGGUCAACAAUGAGGGUGACGAAGAUGAAUAUGUGGGUAGUAAGAAAGGCAACAGCGAGGGUGACGAAGAUCAUUAUGAGGGUAUUAAGACGGUCAACAAUAAGAGUGACGAAGAUGAUUAUGAGGGUAAUAAGAAGGACAACAAUGAGGGUGACGGAGAUGAUUAUGAGGAUAAUAAGACGGCAAACAACAAGGGUGACGAAGAUGAUUAUGAGGGUAAUAAGAAGGUCGACAAUGAGAGUGACGAAGAUUAUUAUGAGGGUAGUAAGAAAGACAACAAUGAGGGUGACGAAGAUGAUUAUGAGGGUUAUAAGAAGGACAACAAUGAGGGUGACAAAGAUGAUUAUGAGGGUUAUAAGAAGGACAACAAUGAGAGUGACAAAGAUGAUCAUGAGGGUUAUAAGAAGGACAACAAUCAGGGUGACAAAGAUGAUUAUGAGGGUUAUAAGAAGGACAACAAUGAGGGUGACAAAGAUGAUCAUGAGGGUUAUAAGAAGGACAACAAUGAGGGUGACAAAGAUGAUUAUGAGGGUUAUAAGAAGGACAACAAUGAGGGUGACAAAGAUGAUUAUGAGGGUUAUAAGAAGGACAACAAUGAGGGUGACAAAGAUGAUUAUGAGGGUAGUAAGAAAGACAACAAUGAGGGUGACAAAGAUGAUCAUGAGGGUUAUAAGAAGGACAACAAUGAGGGUGACAAAGAUGAUAAUGAGGGUUAUAAGAAGGUCGACAAUGAAAGUGACGAAGAUGAUUAUGAGGGUAAUAAGAAGGACACCAAUAAGGGUGACGAAGAUGAUUAUGAGGGUAUUAAGACGGUCAACAAUAAGAGUGACGAAGAUGAUUAUGAGGGUAAUAAGAAGGACAACAAUGAGGGUGACGGAGAUGAUUAUGAGGAUAAUAAGACGGCAAACAACAAGGGUGACGAAGAUGAUUAUGAGGGUAAUAAGAAGGUCGACAAUGAGAGUGACGAAGAUUAUUAUGAGGGUAGUAAGAAAGACAACAAUGAGGGUGACGAAGAUGAUUAUGAGGGUUAUAAGAAGGACAACAAUGAGGGUGACAAAGAUGAUUAUGAGGGUUAUAAGAAGGACAACAAUGAGAGUGACAAAGAUGAUCAUGAGGGUUAUAAGAAGGACAACAAUCAGGGUGACAAAGAUGAUUAUGAGGGUUAUAAGAAGGACAACAAUGAGGGUGACAAAGAUGAUCAUGAGGGUUAUAAGAAGGACAACAAUGAGGGUGACAAAGAUGAUUAUGAGGGUUAUAAGAAGGACAACAAUGAGGGUGACAAAGAUGAUUAUGAGGGUUAUAAGAAGGACAACAAUGAGGGUGACAAAGAUGAUUAUGAGGGUAGUAAGAAAGACAACAAUGAGGGUGACAAAGAUGAUCAUGAGGGUUAUAAGAAGGACAACAAUGAGGGUGACAAAGAUGAUAAUGAGGGUUAUAAGAAGGUCGACAAUGAAAGUGACGAAGAUGAUUAUGAGGGUAAUAAGAAGGACACCAAUAAGGGUGACGAAGAUGAUUAUGAGGGUUAUAAGAAGGACAACAAUGAGGGUGACGAAGAUGAUUAUGAGGGUAAUAAGAAGGUCGACAAUGAGGGUGACGAAGAUGAUUAUGAGGGUAACAAGAAAGACAACAAUGAAGGUGACGAAGAUGAUUAUGAGGGUUAUAAGAAAGACAACAAUAAGGGUGACAAAGAUGAUUAUGAGGGUUAUAAGAAGGACAACAAUGAGGGUGACAAAGAUGAUCAUGAGGGUUAUAAGAAGGACAACAAUCAGGGUGACAAAGAUGAUUAUGAGGGUUAUAAGAAAGACAACAAUGAGGGUGACAAAGAUGAUCAUGAGGGUUAUAAGAAGGACAACAAUGAGGGUGACAAAAAUGAUCAUGAGGGUUAUAAGAAGGUCGACAAUGAGAGUGACGAAGAUGAUUAUGAGGGUAAUAAGAAGGACACCAAUAAGGGUGACGAAGAUGAUUAUGUUAUUCCCUAA